GGUUGUUUGGGGUUUUUUAUGUUGUUUUUUAUUUUUUCUUUCUCUUGACCAGGUUAUGGGAAUCCAUCCAGAAUGCAAAAUAUUCCAGCAGGUGGUCAAAGAGGAGGCUCUCUGCUCAGAACACAACGAAUCUGCCUCACCUGAUCUUAAAGGAUGUGCCAGAGAUUGGGAUGGCUUAACCUGCUGGCCCAGAGCCACUUUUGGGGAAGUGGUUAAAAUUCCCUGCCCACGAUUUUUUGAAGAAUUCACCAGUACCCUUGGUUUCCUUCAGAGGAACUGUACACAGGAGGAAUAUUGGUCAGAGCCAUUCCCACCAUACACCAUUGCCUGUGGCUUUGAUGAAGGCUCCAGUAAAGGACCUGAGGAUCAGAAAUCCUAUUAUUCUGCAUUUUGGUGUGUCUACACUGCUGGCUAUGCAGCAUCCAUGACUUCGCUCAUUACAGCUCUAAUUGUCUUUGCUGCCUUCAGAAAAUUCCACUGCACACGAAAUUACAUCCACAUGCACCUGUUUGUCUCCUUUAUCUUGAGAGCAGUUGCUGUUUUCACCAAAGAUGCUGUUUUGUUUGCAGAUGAAACCAUGGACCACUGCCUCAUGUCAACGGUUGCUUGUAAGGCUGCUGUGGCCUUCUUCCAAUUCAGUAUUUUAGCCAAUUUCUUCUGGCUUCUCAUCGAAGGGAUCUACCUGCAAACCCUGCUGCUGCUGACUUUUGUUUCCAACAAGAAGUUUGUGUGGUGGUUCAUAUUUACUGGCUGGGGAGCUCCCACUGCUGUUAUGUUUGCUUGGGUCCUCACAAGAAUCCAUCAACAGAACACUGGAUGUUGGGAUGAUGAUGAAAAUGGAGUGGUGUUAUGGAUCAUCAAAGGCCCCAUCCUGCUGACUGUAUUAAUUAACUUUAUUAUAUUCAUUAAUGUGAUCAGGAUUCUAGUCCUUAAAUUGAAAUCCCAGGAGGGAGGAGGGAGCCAUUCAAGCCAUUUUGUGAGACUUGCAAAGUCCACGUUACUUUUGAUCCCUCUCUUUGGGGUGCACUACAUUGUAUUUGCAUUUUUCCCAGAGAGCACUGGUCUGGAGGCUCGGCUUUACAUCGAGCUGGGCCUGGGCUCGUUUCAGGGUUUUGUUGUUGCUCUUCUAUAUUGCUUCUCAAAUGCAGAGGUUCAAACUGAGCUGAAGAAACAACUGUGCAAGUGGCAGUACCAGGAGUACCUGACCUUCACCCACAGACACGGGGCUUUGUCCAGAGAAACCAGCCCAGUCAACUACGUCACUCAGCUCUCCCUGCUGGACAAAAUCAGCCCCAAAAGGAGAACCUCUGUGCUCCAGGAUGGUGUCACCCCUGUCUGAGGGGUCCCAGCAGGACCAGCAGCUGUGGCUCUGCAGUGUUCCACUCAUGAGGUGGCCAACUGGAUCCUCUGUGGCUUUCCAUAGUGUCAGGAGCUCUCGCUGCUAACAAUGAAGGGAUGGGAUUAUUUUGGGGCUAAAAUAAAACUAUUUAUUGCUCAGAUAAACAUCAGUCUUAGAGGCUGUGAGAUUUUAAAGGAGCAAACAGCUGGCCAUAGCUCAAAGUAGUCACAAAUUCUUUAUUACAAGACAAUAUGGAACUUUCUAACUCAAUAGAAAGUCGUUACAAGGUUUAUUUUGCUUUUCUGACCUAUUUUGCUUUAUUUACUUCUCCUGUACUGCAGACACUUCUGUCCAAUGGCUCUGUCACACUUGCACAUAUGCUUCUGUUACAAUUUCUAAACUCUUAGUUUACUCCAUACAACCACACCCCUAAAUUAUGCACCCUUCACCAUUUAAUCACUACAGCUUCUCACUUACUUAAAGCAGAUUCUUACAACCACAGAAACAUAAAUGUAUGAUUUUUCCACUUAAUGUCUGUGUACUUUUAUUUUACAUCAAUCCAAGCUCCUUCCGAGGCUGCAGAUCAAACCCUCCUGGCUCUGUGGAAGUUUCUGUCUUUCCAUUUCCCACAAGGAGCCUUCUGUAAAUUCCCUGUCCUGAGCAGGAGCUGCUUCUUUUCUCACCUGGCCCAGAUCUGCAAGACAACCCUGGUUCUCUCUCUCCUGAAGCAUAAAACACCCUUGUUUUGUUGUGAAAAGCCAGACUUUGAACUAGAGUGAAUCUACGGAUUAGCAAACAAAACAAAACAAAUAAGAAACCAACCAAACAAACAAAAAAAAAAAACCUAAAACCCACCAAACCCUAAAACAUUAACUCCUCUGAGGCCCAGAAUAUUUUUCCUAUCUUUGUUAGCAUUUUCCAAAAUUUCCAGUUUCCAAGACCAUGAUUCCUAACCAUUAUUUAAAAGGGUUAUUUGCUGCCCAAGCUUUGCCAUAAGGAUUUUUGGUGUUUUACUCCUUGUUUUGAGAUGUCUUGAGACAUUCUAAUGGAAAUUAAGCAGACACCUGACAAGCACUUACCUAUAGAAUAGUACUCUGCUUUAAAAGGAAACUCAAACCGUGACACGAAAUACCUGCUUGAUUUUUUUUUCUUCUAUGCUUAUUGAAAAGAGAUUAAAUUAGGACAGAAGAUCCCAAACCCUUUCUUGUCCAAAUAAAAAUAUGGAGAAGCCAAAUAUUAGGCAGAUGAUGUAAGAAGGAAUAAAUCAGAGCAAACCCAAUGCCAGAUGCCAGCUGGGCUACCUUGUGCUCAGAAUAACUUACAGACCGAAUCUUAGUGCCCAGAUGUUGUUUUGUGGGGCAGACGUCCAAAACCUGGAAGAUCAAUCAGUGAGACACCCAAAUAAAGGGUAAUUUUGUCUUUUUUAAAUUAAAAAAUUUUUGUAAUUUUGCUUUUAGAGGACUGAAGUCUCAGUCCUGCCCAGCAUUUCUCAGCUCGUUAUCACCACACCCAGUGAAGUGACAGAACUGAAGGAUGGAUUAAAUGCAAGAGGCUCCUGUAGCAUGAUUGCAGAAGUCCAAAAUACAGGACUGGAAGUCCAAGAAAUCUCACCUUGGAAAUACUUGGGAUGGGGAAUCCCAGAGCAAACAAUUAGGCCACAAAAUAUACAACUCAGAACCAAUGUCAGCAAUUUACAGGAUUUGCAGCAGCUUUUAGGAGAAAUCAAUGGGAUCAGGCCAAUUUUGGGGCUCAGCAAUGAUGAACUUGCACCAUUUUUCUACUUAUUGAGAGAAGAAAAACAUUACAUCUCCCAGAACCCUCACACCUGAGGCCCAAGAAGCUCUUGAGAAAGUUGCUGAGGCCCUUCAGCAGAGACAACCACAUAGCUGUGCAAUGUCACAAUAAUUUCUUCUUGCAGUGUUAGGAGAAAAAAUGCAAUUGUUUGGUCUCAUAUUUCAAUGGGACACCUCAAAGAGAGAUCCUUUGCUGAUAGAUGGAUUUUCUUCUCCUCCAGAUCUCCAAAAGCAAUUUUUACAUUAGAGAUGACAGCUCAUAUAAUAAUCAGAUCCAGAGUGGGAUUGCUGAUAAUGGCAAAGAUUUCACCUUUGCACCAUUCUUUUUUGGGUGAACUUCCCCUUUCAUCAGGACUGAGCUGGACUCCACCUCAACCUCUCCAAAAGCAAAGAAAAGGCAAGGAGGUACCUGAGAUGGGUCAAGACAGGAGCAUUCCCUGGAAAACCUGCAUUUUUGGAUUGGAGGACACAGCCUGCCAUUCACUGUCUGAGUCCCAGAUCAAUUCAGCUUUAAAAAAACCUGUAUUCCAGUCCCUCAGUUUGCUCUGCUCUUGGUUAAUUAUUUAGGUCGGCAAACAUUUGACUCCUGGAAAUCUCUUUGCUGAUUUUAGGUGCUUCAUCUCUAGCUCUGUUAGAGCAGAGGUGAAUUGUCCAGGCUUCUAUAAAUAUAAUUCAAUUAACUUAUUUAUUAAUUAGGCAUUUAACUCAUCUGUCAUAAUGCCAUAUGUUUGUUGUAAGGAGUAAUUUUGUCUAUUCUGACUUUUUUUAUCAGCUUUACUUGUAAAAGUCACCUCAGUUCCUGUGUUUUGUUGCUGAGCAUAGUAAUGAGAAUUGGUACACAAAAUGUAUGAUGUACAUCUAUAAAAUGCAAGUGGCAAUUACAGCUGUUGUGGGUUUGUACAUUUACUUUAUUUCAGUUUGGAUAUUUCAUUUGAGUUUGUACAUUUAAUUUUGUGUCAGUUUGGAUAUUUCAUUUGAGUUUGUACAUUUAAUUUUGUGUCAGUUUGGGUAUUUCACUUGAGGCUUUAUAAAAUAAAAGUUUAAUAAUC